AAAGAAUUAUACAACUUGGUCAAAACUCACAUGAUUCAUGGUCCAUGCGGUUUAGCGAAUCCUUCAUCGCCGUGCAUGCAGGACAGAAAGUGCAACAAGUAUUAUCCUAAGCAAUUCCAGGAAUCAACGACGCUUGACGAAGAUGGUUAUCCUAUUUAUAGGAGAAGAGCCAAUGGAAGGAAAAUUGAAAAAUCUGAUACUAUCUUUGACAAUCGUCAUGUUGUGCCUUAUAAUCCAAAAUUGUUGUUAAAGUACCAAGCGCAUAUCAACAUGGAAUGGUGUAAUCAAAGCACUUCGAUCAAAUACUUAUUCAAGUAUAUCAACAAAGGAUAUGACCGGAUUACAGCCGUUAUUGUUCCAACACACGAUGAUGUGUCGCCCCAAAAUGAGAAUAUUGAUGAGAUCAAGCAAUAUCUUGAUUGCAGGUAUGUCUCACCAUGUGAGGCCUGUUGGAGGAUUUUUUCUUUUCCUAUUCAUGGUAGAUCUCCAGCCGUCGAAAGACUUUUUUUUCACCUACCCAAUGAGCAAUCCGUGUUCUUCAGUGACAACGAUAACCUUGAGUCUGUGCUAACAAGAAAAACUGUUAAAGAAUCAAUGUUUACAUCUUGGAUGCAAGCAAACAAAAUCUAUCCAGAAGGAAAAGACUUAACCUAUGCAAAGUUCGUUUCAAGAUUUGUGUAUGUAGCUAGCAAGAGGUGUUGGAAGCCACGAACGAAGGGUUACACUAUUGGUAGACUCAUCUGGGUACCUCCAACAACAGGUGAACUAUUCUAUUUAAGAAUGAUGCUCACUGUAACAAAAGGGCCACAUUGUUAUGAGGAUAUUAGGACGGUUGCCAACAUUCAAUAUCCGACCUUUAGAGAAGCGUGUUUUGCGGCGGGAUUACUUGGGGAUGAUAAAGAAUAUAUUGGAGCAUUAAAAGAAGUUAAGGACUGGGCAUCAGGGCACUACUUGAGAAAAUUGUUUGUAACUCUGCUCUUAUCAUGUCCCGUCAGCAGACCUGAGCAUGUAUGGGAACAAACUUGGCAGUGGUUGGCUGAUGGAAUUUUGUAUGAACAACGAAGGCUCUCGAAAAUCCAAGAUUUACAACUUAGUGAUCAAGAGUUGCAAAAUUUAACUCUUGUGGAGAUCGAGAAGUUGAUGCAGAAAAAGAGAAAAAGUCUAAAAGAUUAUCCCUCAAUACCGUAUCCAAAUGGAUAUAUCACGGAACAACUAGGGAAUAGGCUUAUUUAUGCAGAACGUGAUUAUGAU